AUGAACGCGGAUACAUACGGUCGGAAAAGUCCCAGUGGUCAAAGCCAUGAUUACGAUCAACGCAUGGCUGUUGCGUCGUCUUCAAGUGCAAGUUCGAGCCGCCUAGAGGGGGACGAUAUGGCACACAUACCUGGUUCAGCGGAUUGCCUCUGUUCUGCAUGCCAUCUGAGCAGAGAUGUUUUCCCUCGAAGACAAGACGGGAAGAUCGAGCUUCCAAAUCCUAUUCUGGUGGCCUCCCACAAGUUCGGAGGAAGACACCGGAGCGUACGCGCUACGGCGCAUACUAUGAGCCAGACAGAUCCAAUGCGCCUGCGUAUUGACGCGGAAUUGCGCGAGCCCAAUCCUAGAGGAUUUUCACAGUUGUCUGGACCUGGUGUCCCGGCAAAUCUUCCAGAGUCUCAGUUAUCCUUCCCACCGUCUAUACGGACCUUUAAGAUGUCAGCUGACCUGGUUCUGCUGCUCAUGCCUAAUUUAGAAGCAGAUUUGGUCAAAACCGAACGAUCACAGACUCCAGUUCCAGAGAGACAUACAGCAAAAGAUCGUGCAAGGCAAUCUAAAAAAGCAUCAUCGCAACCCAAGUCAAGGGCGGGUAGACACACUUCUUGGCCAGAUCCAUAUGAAAAUGCGGUCGAAGAAACCUUUCCUCAGUUGUUCGACUCCCGCGUCGGACUCGGUAUACGGGGAUUGAAUCAAUCGGAAUCUUCCACAAGUUCGCGGGCAAUCAGUAAUUCUUCAGGCCCAGAUGGCAUCAGCGGACAAAUGAGCAAAUCAAGCUCCGCUAUUUCCCAUGGGAAUGAACGAAAAACUCAAAGCAGCCCCUCGCCUAGGAAUGUUCAUUUUCCCGGGCGGUAUGACCAAACGACAUCAUCCCUUCCAGCGAGUGAGCGACCAUCCACGCCACGCGAGAUUAAUUCUAUUGAGGAUCCACUUAGGGUCAUACGAUUCAAUUCGUGUCAAAACCCACAGCCCAGCACGUGUGUCCCACGCAAUAACGUGGGCGAGGUCGUUCAGGGACGUUCUCAAAUACGCUUAUCACCAGAGCAAAUACCAACAGGGACACUACGGUUUCAAGAUCCCUUGAUGCCCGAAUCAUUUCCUACGAGUGUGGCAAAAUCAAGGGAGUCCUCGACAAGUUUUCAAUUGCGAUGGGAUUCUGACGAGGAGAAGAAGGAAGAAGAGCAGCCUGUUUUCAGACAGUCUACAUAUCCUUCCACCUCAACUGUCCCAAGAGAUGCCUCCGUUGUGCAGGUAAAGUGGGACUCAGAGCGCAAGCGCAGACAAGGUUAUUUUUCACAGGAGGGGGUUGAAAAGUCUCCCUUCAGACACUAUAACAAAAGUAGUGACUUUGAUCCUAAUCCUUGA